AAACAAAAUUAAUUGAAUAAAAACUUGAAACAAUAUUGUUCCAAAUUCUAUAUAGGAAAAGCAUUUAGUUUUUUUGGUUAGUAAAAAUAUUCGAUCGAACGAACGAACGGAAAAAAAUGAUCAAAGUUUCCUUAUUGUUACUAAUGGUAACAAUAUCGAUUAUAUCAACAUCAGGAUUAUUACAACAUCGAAUACGAAAAAGAUCAAUAAUGAAUGAAUUUUGUCAACAAACAACAUUGGAUAAUAUAUUUGUAUUGGAUACAAUAGAAUAUUAUCAACAUAUUGAACAUUUUUGGUAUUCAAUUUAUAAUAUUGGUGGUGAUCAUAGAAAAGAUCAUAAUGAUAAUGAUAACCAUAUUGAUAAUGAACAUACUGAUGAUGAUUAUGAAUAUUUUAAUCAUUCAUCACCAUUACCGGAUUCACGUAUACGACAAUUAUAUUAUGGAAGUUUAGGACGAUCAACAUUUCAUUCGAAUGAUAAUAUCAAAGGUUUCAGUGGAUUUAUGUUUUUUGAAAAUAUGGGACAAAUAUUUUUACAUGGUGAAUUUGUUCUAAUUAGCCGAUCGUUAAUUAAUGGACAAUUUGACUAUAUUAUUGGCCAUAAAGAUUUAAAAACUGGUCAUUAUCAUGUUGAUUUUCGUUCGAAUGAUCAGAACCAAAAUCAAACACAAAAACAACAAAAUUUAGCAAUUUUUAUGCAAUGGUUAUUACCAAAUCCAAAAUUAACAACGGAUUUAACAAUGUAUCUGGAUUCACAAGCAAAAUCCUUAUAUGUUAUAAUGGUGGCUUCAAAAGAUUAUUCAAUGAAUACAAAAACAUCAUUCAUCAUAUCAAUAUAUGAUUUAAAUAAACCAUCAGUAGGAGAUAUUGUUGGUAGUAAAAAAAAUUAUCCUGGUUUCGAAGAUACCAAAACAAUUAUCGGUAAUUUCUAUGAAAUUGAAAAUAAUGAUAAAAAGUUAAAAUUUUUAACAUUAGAAACUGACCUUACAUAUGCUACGUAUGAUAAACAAGGUGAAUUUAUUUUGCCAAGGGAUCGAUACAAAACAAUAAGCGAUGUAAUGGUAUCAUUAUUUAAAUGUGGCACAAAACAUCAUGAUAAACAUGUUAAUAAAUCCAAAUCAUCAUCAUCAUCGACGAUUACAUCAGCCGAAUUAAAUCAUUAUUCCUAUUAUAUUAAUUUUUUUCUCGGUGCUGUAAAUUUUACAUUAUUAUUAACAGCUUGUAUGAUACCAUAUUUUAGUCGAGCACGGCGAAAAAAACAACAACCACAUUAUCCAGUGCAAACAUAUUAAAAAAAUUUGAUUUUAACAAUAAAAUUCUUCUCAA